AUGGUACCGUUUGGUCGCCCUAUAAGUGAACUCAAUGGUAAAGUGGUUUGGAUUACCGGCGCCUCGAGUGGUAUCGGCGAGGCUUUGGCCUAUCUUUUGGCCUCACAUGGAGUCAAACUCGUCAUCUCCGGUACCAAUGAAUCCAGACUUCGUCUUCACUUCUUUGUUACAGAAGCAAAUCAAACGCCAGUUAAUCUUCUCUUGCUGCAAAACUAUAACUCAAAAGAUAUCAAAGACUUUUCAGUCCAUGAAAAACAAUUCAAUGCAGUUAUUAAACACUUCCAAAGGCUCGAUAUUCUUGUGUCAAACGCUGGUCGCAGUCAAAGAGCUUCCUUUGAGACAAUUGACAUCGAAGUGGACAAAGAAAUGUUUGACGUGAAUGUCUUCGGACUCAUAAAUCUGACACGAAUUGUAUUGAGAUAUUUUCUCGACAAUCAAAUGAAAGGACAUUUUGCGGUCACUUCGAGUACUGCUGGAAAAUUAGGUGUUCCCAACUCUGGCUCUUAUACGGCAUCCAAACACGCUCUACACGGUUACUACGAGUGUCUUCGAGUGGAGGCCCAGUCGAGGGGAAUCUCGAUCACAAUGCUAUGUCCCGGACCCGUCUUCUCACGCGUUCUUGAGAACGCGAUGUCAAACAAAUUGGACUCAAGUCAUGAAGUGGAAGUGAUGACUAAAUUUGAGGAAGAAUUGGGAAGUGAUAUGAGAGACGACAGACACGAGAGGGCAGUGCAGUAG